AUGGCACAAGAUGAUAAUGCAUGGUGGAUUGAUAUCGGAGCAACCAAACAUAUACUAACCAAGACCCCACUUUCUCUGUUAUUUCGAGACACUGUUUUAACAGUAAAACCCGCCGGAACUGAAACCCAGAGCAAAGGCGAAAUCAAUGAGUCGGUGAAAGAAUUUAGGAAUUUCAAAGAAAACCCAAAAGGGAAAAAGAAAGAAACAGAGAAAUUAGAUGGGAAAAAACCCAAGAAAUUCAAGUAUUUUGUCAGGCAUUUGUAUGCAAAAGGGUAUUUUAAGGAGGCUAGUUUUGUGGAAGACAACAAGUUGGAUUUUGGUUACUUUGAGAAUAGUUAUGGCAGGGAUUUUAUCAAGUUUUCUGCUUACAAUUUUGGUAAAGAUCAUCAAGAUAUUGCAAAAUGGUUGCUGGGAAGUCACUUGAAAAAAGUGGUGCUCUUUGGUUGCGCUUCCCUUGAUAAAAAUAAUGUCUUCGCUGGUAAGAGAUUUUUCUUUAAAAUUCAAGAAAACACCGUAUGCAGUCGAUGCAUGUUAAAGGAUUCAUGCGAGUAUGCUAAUAAGAGUGUAUGGGGAAUCGGUACCAACAGUUCGCUUCUGGUUGAUGUAAUGAAAGUUAUCACUUUGUAUGCUUUAGAUUUAGUGCCUGCAAAACUCACCGUUCCGGAUGAGGUAAAAGAUUCAAUCAACCAAUUGUUGAAGGUGGUUAUAAAGUUGAGUCAACCCACAUGCCAAGACUCCUAAAAUGUUCCUACAGGAUUAUAUCUCCAUAUCCAUGUCUGAAUAUGUGCUGGAUAAAUACUCAAGGGAAAAUGAACGUUAAGAGUCAGAGUGACAUAGAUUAUCGAUAUGAUUGCAAGAAAGACGAGCAUAGCUUUUUCUGGUGACAUGAAAGUUGUUCUUUGCAGAGAAGCACAUGUCUAAAGAUGAAUUUUCGAAGCAGAAUACCGAUGAACGAUGUAGGGAACCCAUAUUGCAAAUUUGACUUUUCUCCAAAUACUUUCUCUUGCCCAUAAUAAAUUAACAGGUAUACUUAUGCUAACGUGAUGUAAUUGUUUUAUGCAAUACUAUUUCUAUAAUUUAUUACAUUGUUAUGUUGAAUCUGUUUUUAUUGAGUUGUGGUCUUAAUUAUAAGUGCUACUAUUGAUCAAGUCUUUCAUUUUAAGCUUUCAUUUUGUGUUGUGUAAGAUUGUGGUUAGAGUGCAAUUGGAGGUGCUCAUAGGCUUGCAUCUA